UGAUGAUUACUGACGUGAGGAGUUAAUCCGUCUCAGCGGAUAUUGGAGCUGCUAACGUCAAACAAACUUCAGUUACACCGCGGGCAGGCUGCGUUUUUCCCAUUACCAGGUUGCCAGAUUCCUAUGGUGGAAUCUUUCUCUUCCGGGUAGUACCAGAGUGAAAGUCCACAGGAGAGUUGUGAGAGGAACUCCGUGUCCAUCCCCUCUCCCUGUCCAGACAUCCGGCCAGUAUGUCCAGUGAUCCUCCUCCUCCGUACCCCGGAGGUCCCAGUGCCCCACUCAUUGAGGAGAAGAAUGGACAACCAGAAACAGUUCCUAUAAGAACUGGUCCUCCACAGGGACUGCCCUUGCCUCCAGACUACGGUCCUCCACCUUACGAGGCCUCACAGCCAGGCUUCCUUCCCCCACAUGUCCCCGGAGAAGGGCCCAUGCCAAUGCCUAUGCCUAUGCCAAUGCCACCUCAAGGUGGCCCCUACCCACCGCCGCCAGGUCACUUUCCUCAUCCGAUGCCAGGACAGAUGGGCCCUGGUCCCAGUCACUUUGUCCACAUGGGAGGACACACAGCGACCGUCCUGGCUCCUCCAGGGGCAGCCACCACUGUGACUGUACUGCAGGGGGAAAUGUUCCAGACAUCACCAGUGCAGACUGUGUGUCCGCACUGUCAGCAGGCAAUCAUCACCCGCAUCUCCCACGAUGUCGGCCUCAUGAACACUCUCUUCUGCCUCUUCUGCUUCUUUGUAGGGUGUGAUCUAGGCUGCUGCUUGAUCCCCUGCCUGAUUGAUGACCUCAAGGAUGUGACACACACCUGCCCUUACUGUAAGGGAUACAUUUACACAUACAAGCGUAUAUGCUAACCACCGACAGCUGUAUGCUACAGAGACAUGUACAUGCACACACAUAAACUCACAGCUCCUCCUGCUGGUAGUGAAAAGCUCUUUUUUCUCCCCCCAUUUUUGCAAAGUGUUGUGUAGCCCUCUUAAAUUGUAAGUGCAGUUUUCUCAUGAGUUCACCGAAUAUUUACUGUAUAUAUAUCUUUCGGCAUAGUUCUUUCAUGUAUAAACAUGCAUUUAAAAUUUACAAAUGUCUCACUGAACUACAGAGGAUGUAGGGCACAAAAACAUUCAGAGGUUGAUAGGCAGCAGACAUACAGGUGCAUCUGAUCCUAUAUGGAAACCAGGAAAAAAAGGCUUGUGAUGUUAUGCAUGUAAAUGGGGAAAAAAAAAAAAAAUGGAUAGACAGAUGGCCUCAGUUAGAUAAAACUGUGAAAAUGGUCACUUUAUUUAUUUGAAUUCAUCUGUGAAUCAUGCUCAGAAGCAAGCAUUUUGAAGUCAAACAUGCUGGGUUAGCAUUAUUUUUUUUUCUUAUUUAUUUCAAAUAUUUUAUCCACUAUUUUAACAAGUUAAUCUUGACAACUGUGAACAUUUUUGUCCAUGUCUGAUAAUUUUGUUCUAACAGGCUUAGUUUUUCCUUUUAUCAUGAUCCCUUUUUGAAUGUGAGCAAAAUUAACCAGCCAUUUUCAGCUUGAUAAGCGGAUGUAUUUGCUUGUUUGGAAAUGCCCAAGAUUGACGUUACUUGCUAUAUUUAUUAAUCUUCUGGGCUUCAGUGAGCAGUAACAAAAUAUUGAGUGGUUUACAGUUGAGCAACACCCUCUGUCCAUGCUGUACUUAAUUUUGAAAAUAAAGCUAACAUUUGCACUUUAAGUUGAAAUUCAUAUUUUGCACUCUUGACAGAUCCUUAGAAACUAUCAUCCUAGACGAAUCGUUUGUCUGAGGGAAAAAAUGUGAUUUACAGUUCAUCAGAUGAGUGAAAGCAGUGUAUAAGUUUGGCUUUCACUGGGUUAGUUGUUAGCUCAUUAUGGUGAACCCCACCAUACCGGCAUUUAUUCAGACCAUAGUAGAAUUGAAGUAGAGUUGGCAGACAGAGGGUUUUUACUGUUACUGAUGGAGAUGCAAUGCAUGGACAUCUCGGUAAUCUUGUGUCUGGCCAUAUAUUCUCAUCAAUGCUGUUGGCUGAUUUUUGCUGCCAAGGUAAACGGGUAGCUAGUUUAAAAUAGAAACACUGGUUGACAAAUAGAAGUGGUGGCACCAUUGUCACAUAACACUAUUUAGGCUGUUACCCUCUUAAUAUGGCACCAGCCCUUUAAGAUUACCUGCAUUGCUCAGAUGCAUGUUAGUUAACAAAUACAGAUGUCUUUUGGCUAAUAUUGUAAUUACAAAAAAGUAAUCUCUCUGCUAGAAUAAGCUUAAAAUAAAUGAUUGUAUCAGUCAUCUUGCAAAAUGACAUUGUGAUUCCAUUGAGAUUAAUACUAACAAUGAAAGGACCAUUGUAUCACCACAGCAUGCCCGAUCUACCGUUCACCUUUGCUCACCGAGUGCAGAGUUGCACUGCAUGAGCCACACAUCAAAAUUAAUAAUUCUAACUGGUUAGUUCCUUGACUCUGUGUGCAUUUGAUUUUUUUUCUCUUGAAGCUAGCUAAGCUGUGCAAGAGGGUCCAUUUUGAGUUAAAGGAUUGCAUUGAACUUUUAAUACAAAGUACAGUAUGCCAUUGUUGUGGAUAAUGCUGGUCUGCAUUGCUCUCUAAAUGUCUGUGAUAUGUAUAACUAUGUAAGUCAAAAUUUGUUUGACUGUUGUAUACAGGUACUAUUUUAUCAAUAAAAAUCAGAACAUGA